AGGAACGGUGGGCAUUCUGCUUACCCAUAUUUCAAAGAAAUUUGUGCAAUCAGUCUGUGAUACCAUAUUCCUUGUGUCAAAUUCCUGGGCCAGUUCUUGCUGACAAACUAAGUAUUAAUAUAAUUUUAUUUACUUCUCUCUCUAUGGAUUUAAUUCUUCAUUGCAAAUGCCUAUCCUAUGAUGAUUGUCAAGUUCAUUUCUUAAUGCCUUCUGGCUGCCAUACAACUAUAUUCCAGUUCCAUAAUCAUCAUCUUCCUUGGAAUUACAACUGCAGUCUGCUUUAAUUUGUCCUCCUUACAAAUUACUUGGCAAUCAGGUUCAUUGUGGACUUGAAUAUUAUGGGAUCUUUUGUAGUGGUUUUGAGUUGUCCUCUUAGGAGGCACUCUUAGUUUAUCAAACCCUUUUAAUUCACAUGAUUCUGAAAUCAUAUUUGGCCAUUUACUUGCAGAUAUCUCUGAGUUGAACCUUCCUAAAUCUUGUACCAUAUCAUUUCCUAAUGGCAAGGAUGAUUUGAUGAAUUUUGAGGUUUCAAUACGGCCUGAUGAAGGAUAUUAUGCUGGUGGUACAUUUUUGUUCUCCUUCCAAGUUUCCCCCAUUUAUCCACACGAGGCACCAAAGGUUAAAUGCAAGACCAAGGUCUACCAUCCUAAUAUUGACUUGGAAGGAAAUGUCUGCCUCAACAUAUUAAGAGAAGAUUGGAAACCUGUGCUCAAUAUAAACACCAUUAUCUAUGGUUUAUAUCAUCUUUUCACGGAACCGAAUUAUGAGGAUCCCCUGAAUCAUGAUGCUGCUGCAGUGUUGAGGGAUAACCCAAAGCUGUUUGAGUCUAAUGUGAGAAGGGCUAUGGCUGGAGGGUAUGUGGGGAACACCCUUUUCCCACGUUGCAUUUGACUUUUGCUCUGUAGCUCAAAGUGCCAAUGCAAAUAUGUAAGCAAUGCUGGAAUUCCUAUGGGCUGUAUAAUUGACUUGAAAUUGCUUUGUCAUCCCUUUUAAUUUUCUGGGUGAAGCUGGUGGAAGUAAUUCCUAAGAAAACAGCCACAAACUGAAAUCAAACCCCACUUUGUUUCACUCUAUUGUUUGUAAUGCCAUUUGUGUUGCUGUCUCAUAUCCAUGCUUUCAUCUAACCUGUGAUCUGAUCUAAAUUACCAGCAUUAGAGGGUUGAGGUUAUGCAUGAUUGGGAUUAUAGUUCCAGAAUCUCAAUCUACAAGCGUAAGGUGCCAGCAGGAGUCCACCCAGGAAAUCUUCACUUAAA